AUGGGUGAAGCAAAGAAUGAAGCAGAGGCGAAGAAGCCCGAAGCCGCCGCCGCCGACAAGAAGGACGAUGGUCCAAUCACCGUCGUCCUUAAGCUCGACAUGCAUUGCCAAGGCUGUGCCAAGAAAAUCAAGCGAGUUGUUCGUCGUUUUGAGGGUAUAUAUGUUCACACACAGACAUACAUAUGUAAUUGGAUAUAUAAUUAG